AUGGCUAGUCUACUAUGGUUUGCUCACUUUCUUUCCUUCCUUUUGUUUCACUUGCAUUUCCAAGCUGGUUCUUCUCUACCUUUUUCUUUCAAUUCCUCCUCUGCACCCAUGCCGUGCCAACAUGACCAGAGUCUUGCCUUGCUUCAAUUCAUGAAAACCUUUUCUAUUAGAAGUAAUGCCUCUUCCUGGGAUUUCCUUUACCCCAAGCCUUAUCCCAAGACAGAGUCUUGGAAAGAGGGCACAGAUUGCUGCUUGUGGGAUGGGGUCACUUGCGAAAUAGAAACAGGUAAUGUAAUUGGCCUUGACCUUUCUUCUAGCUUGCUCUAUGGUACCAUCCAUUCUAAUAAUUCUCUUUUCCUCCUUCAUCAUCUCCAAAAGCUUGACCUCUCCAACAAUGACUUCAACCAAUCUCAAAUUGUGCCUCAAUUUGGCCAGUUUUUGAAUUUAACGUAUCUUAACCUAAAUCACUCUGUUUUUGAGGGCCAAAUUCCACUAGAAAUUUCUUAUCUGCCUGCUUUGGUUUCGCUUGAUCUUUCUAGGAACUAUGAUUUGAUACUUGAAACCUCUAUUUUUAACGAGCUUGUUCAAAACCUAACCCAGUUACAGCAAUUGGACUUGAGUGAAAUAAACAUGUCCUUGGUCGGACCUAGUUCCUUGAUGAAUUUGUCUUCUUCUUUGACAUCUCUCAAACUCAGCGAAUGCCAAUUGCAAGGGAAAUUCCCAGAUAUCAGUCAUCUAUCCAAAUUGGUUUUAUUGGACCUCUCCUAUAACAAUUUUAGUGGUGAGAUUCCAUCCUCAUUUGAAAAUCUUAAACAGCUUUAUACUUUAUACCUUUACAACAACAAUCUCAAUGGUCAAAUUCCAUCCUCACUUGGAAGCCUUAAGGAACUCUCUUCAUUGGUCCUCUUCGACAAUGAUUUAAAUGGUGAGAUUCCCUCCUCAUUUGGAAACCUUAAACAGCUUCAUACUUUGUACCUCAGCAACAACAAUCUCAGUGGUCAAAUUCCAUCCUCACUUGGAAGCCUUAAGGAACUUUCUUUAUUGAUCCUCUUUGGCAACAAAUUUAAUGGUGAGAUUCCCUCCUCAUUUGGAAACCUUAAACAGCUUGAUAUUUUGGACCUCCACAGCAAUAGUCUCAGUGGUCAAAUUCCAUCCUCACUUGGAAGCCUUAAGGAACUCUCCUUAAUGGACCUCUGCUCUAACAAUUUUAAUGGUGAGAUUCCCUCCUCAUUUGGAAACCUUAAACAGCUUGGCAUGUUGUACCUCCAUAACAACAAUCUCAGUGGUCCCAUCACUUUCCAAGGAAGCAGGCUUUCAAGUUUAGUGUACCUCGAUUUAUCCAAUAACUUGUUACAUGGCCGAAUUCCAAGUUCAAUUUUCAAACUUGCGAACUUGAGUGUUCUCAUUCUUUCAUCCAACAAAUUGAUAGGAGAAGUCUCUUCUGCAGUUUGCGAGCUAAAUUCUCUUGAAAUUCUUGACUUGUCAAACAAUAGUUUAAACGGCUUCAUACCACAAUGUUUGGGAAAUUUCAGCGACAAUCUUUCAGUAUUGCACUUGGGCAUGAACAAAUUCCAUGGAACCAUCCUUGAAACGUUUUCAAUAGGCAGCAACUUGAGAUAUUUGAACUUCAAUGGUAACCAAUUGCAAGGGAGAAUCCCACCUUCCAUCUCCAAUUGUAUAAAUUUGGAAAUUUUAGAUCUCGGAAACAAUAAUAUAGAUGACACAUUCCCCUAUUUUCUGGAAACACUUUCGAAGCUACAAAUUCUAAUUCUAAAAUCCAAUAAAUUCCAUGGUUUGGUGAAAGGAACCUUUGCCAAUUAUUCGUUCUCAAAGCUACGAAUUUUUGACCUCUCCAACAACCUGUUUAGCGGACCUUUACCUGCAAAGUAUUUCAAUGAUUUCAAGGCAAUGAUGAUCUUUGAUUUGAAUAUGAAAUACAUGGGGGCACCAAAUUAUUCUUCUUAUGAUUAUUCUGUGAGUCUGACACUAAAAGGCUUAGAGAUUGAGCUGGUGAAAAUCCAAACACUUCUUACAUCCAUUGAUUUGUCGGGCAAUAAAUUCACAGGGGAGAUCCCACAGUCAAUUGGAAAACUUGAAUCACUUAAGUUGCUUAACUUGUCUCACAAUCAACUCACAGGCAAUAUUCAACCAUCAUUGGGGAAUUUGAGCAAUUUGGAAUCAUUAGACCUUUCUUCAAAUCUUCUUGUUGGAAGGAUUCCAAUGCAAUUGACAUAUUUGACAUUUUUGGAAGUGUUCCGGGUUUCACAUAAUCAACUUGAAGGACCUAUACCCGAAGGAAAGCAGUUCAACACAUUCGAUAACACUUCAUAUGAAGGAAAUUUGGGAUUGUGUGGAUUUCCGCUAGAAAAAUGUGACAAUGGGGAGAGGCAACAACCAACAUCAUCAAAAGAAAUUGAUUCCAAGUCUAAAAUUGGAUUUGGAUGGAAAGCUAUAUCGGCGGGGUAUGGAUGUGGAGUAAUAUUUGGUAUUGCAAUGGGAUAUGUUGUGUUUAAAACAAGAAAACCUACAUGGUUUGUGAGGAUGGUUGAAGGCCAGAUCAAGAGCUUAAGUUUGCCAAUGAAGUUCGGAAACCACAGAAGCUUUGCAUCCGUGGAGUAUGUUAUAAAGCAAGAGGCACAUAAUGCAGUUCAAGCACUCUCAAGCACCCAUCACUAUGGUCGACAUUUGGCCGGAAGAGAGCAAAGGAGAGCCCUAAACAGCUGCUAA